AUGCCAACGAGACGCAAUGUUCAGUAUUCACCUCUUCCUACGGAGAAUAAGAAUGGUGGCAAUGUUAAUGAAGCGAAUGUUGUUGACCUUCAGUUCAUUUACGCUCCAAAACCGCAAAGGAAACUUCCAUGGAAGUCAAUUACACUAGCAAAUUUUCUCCCCAUUGGAAUUUCACUUCUCUCCCUUUCAUAUUUUAUAUUCUCAAAUCACAUGGAGGUUGAUGGUUCUCUGGCAUAUGGUCUCUUAUUCCAGGGUAUUCUUGCUUUUCUUCCCGGCUAUUACGACACUCAAGUUGCUUACUAUUCAUGGAGAGGAGCACCAGGGUACACCUUCUCAUCCAUCCCAGAUUAUUAGGUAAUUGUGUUUCCGUGAAGGCGUGAGGCGGUAAGGUGAAUGACAAACGACAAUUACUCGAGCCAGGGAAUGGAGCUAUAAAAUGAUCUCUUGUCAGUGUUAACAGUCAAAAUGUAGAUGAAUUUUAUCUCCUGCC